AGCUGUUGACCAUCGUGCACAGAAAAAAGUGAGAUUUUGUACAACACAAUUUCUGGUGAAGUGAUUUCUACAUUUUUAGUGAUUGAUUAUCCGUUUAAACUGUUUUACUGAAGCUAGUUUAUUGAUUAAAACAGAAAUCUACUGUACUGUGAAUAUGAGAUAACAAUAAGAUCUUGAUUUAACAAUAAAAAUUGGCGAAAAACUGAUUUUUUUUUCGCUAUCUUGCAUCGAACUUUUUUCUUUUUGAAACGUUCCGGUGGCUUGCCUGUCCACGAUAAUCUAUAGGCUCUAGUAUUAAUAGUUGGAAGUUUUCAAGAAUUUAUUCGCCAUGAGCAACAAAGAUAAGGAAAACACGUUGAAUAAACUGAAACAAUGGUUCCGCAGCUCGAAAACAAGCACAACAACUCAACGGGAACGUAACUAUUUCCCCAUUUCGACAGAACUGGAGCGAGAAUUGCAGCCGGAGACCCCAAUCAAUCAGCGCUGCAAGGCUCUGAAAGACUUCAGCGAGGAUGUGAUCAAAUACCGCCUGGAGGUUGAUGCCGUUCAACUUCUAUGGCAACUUACGAAGGAUCUGAUUGUGGGCAACAAAUCGACCGAACAGAGGCACGUUGCCUUAAACUUUUAUUGUAAGCUCAUACAGGGUCAGUACGAUAAUCUGAAAAUGAUGCGCGCCCAAUUUUUUCGGGUCAUUGUUUCUCACGAAGAGCCGGAUGAUAUUAUCUAUCGAUUGGAGAUGCUGAAAAGUUUAACCGAAAAUGGUAAAAACAUUCAGUACUUUGAGAAAGAGAUCGGCUCCUUUCUUGUUCAGUGGAUACCGCAAAUUGACGAGGCAGGACUGAUUAUGCCACUGCUUGAACUGAUUGUUCAUCUGGUGAAAUAUAAUGCGGCAAGUUUGGAGAAAAGUUUUCUGGUAGGGGUUGUAUCUUACAUUUUCGACAUCUCCUGCAAAGUGGAUGAUACCCAAACUAUCCUGCUGUGCCUGUCCGUGCUAGAUUGCUUCAUCUGCUACGCAAUCAUCCCGAAUGAAACCCUGACGCUGUUCAUAGUGAUCCUGUGCCGUACGGUCAAUCGCGAGGCCUAUUGCCAAACGUCUUGGAAGAUAAUGAAAAAGCUUUUUGGUACCGCCUUGGGUCAUGCUACUCUACUGACAAUGUGCAACAUCCUUAACGAUAAAACUUUCUACCGGGACGAAGCCCUGCUAAGGGGAGCUAUAUUCCAUACCAACGUUGGUCUCUGGGGCGUCAGUGCCGGACCGGUUCUAAUUCCCAACUGCUCUCCAUCGAUUGUACUGUCCAGUUUCUGGAAUGCCUUGAAAAGUGAGCAUGUGGUAGUCACGUACGAAGUCAUCCUUAGCAUCCACCGCUUGAUACAGAAAAGUGGCCCGGAAUUGAACGAACCCACAUGGGAUAUCAUUUGUGACAUCAUGUUUGAGAUAUCAUCUAAUUUGGCUAAAUAUCGGUUGCCGAAUGACAACCAGGUGGUGAAACAUUAUCACGAAACUUUAGACUUGAUCGAGGACCUCGUACAGCGUAACGAUAUAAAUGCUGAUCCUGAGAAAAUCUACGGUCUCAUCGAGAAAGUAUCAAGCGAGCGGCCGGAAGCCUCGGUCAAACGUCUUAUGGAAUACAUGACCACAAAAAUAGCGGCAACCCGUCCUCAGUGGCUUUUGGAGUUGUGCUCGUUUAUGGAUCGAUUUUAUAAGAUGAAAAACACCACGAUACGGAUAUACGCCGUGGAAGCACUAGUUCGUAUCAUGCACAUAAAUCGAGCGGCUUACGAGGAGGAGAUUCUGGAACGCAUUGUUAUGGUUCACUUGGGUGGAGUAGUGCACGAGUCUGACCCAGAUGUACGCGCUGCUGUUGCCAAAGCUUUAAUAAAAUUCAUAUUGCACUGCGAAUCGAAGCGUUGCAUCGAGCUGUUGGAAAUUGUUGGUAAAAUGUUGCACAGACCAUACGAUUGCUAUGCUUCCGAGCGAUCUAUUGUUAAUUCUAUUCGCGAUGUGGAAGAUGUUAUCGAGCUAGUGGAUGGUCUUAUUCACGUUUUCGAAGUUAAGUUAUACAGACUGCCUUCAACUCAUGCCAUAAAGGUUUACCACAUGCUUAUCCGGCUGUUGGAAACCCACUACGAGAAACCUGUUGUAUUUCAGAACGUCAAUAUUGUUAGAUUGAAAGUGUUUUCUUGGAUGAUGAGAGCGAGAGCCAAUGCAUCGUUUCAUAUCGGCUAUCCCGAUCCAACUCUAAGUAACAAAGUACGUUUUAGUCAUUAUUUGGGCAUUGAAGGGCCAUACCAACAUCAGAGCUUGCAAUCUCAACAACAACCUGGACAGUCCUCUAGCCAGCUAAACCUAUUACAGGCUGACGGUUUGAAAUCGAUCGAUACUGUUCCUCCGACUAGUUUGACAACUAUAUCGAUUAAACGUGGUUGUCAAAUAAUUGUAGAUUGUUUGAAAGAAGAGAAAGAUUGGCAGGUCAUACAGUUGGUUCUUUCGGAGUUGCCGAAUAUUAUGGAAAAUAAAGCAUUGAUUCAAGGAAAUGACGUCGAUUUGCUAGCUAAAACUCUCUAUCGCAUGUUUGGUGACCGAAUGUUGGUUGACCGGCUUAUCUGUUAUCCAAACAAACCUACCCAAUCUGACAUCCACGAUCUCGUGCUACCGGCACUUGCCAGUCUAACGAUAUACCACCAACAUUUGGAGGCACUUACCAAACGAAAUAUUAUCGAAUCUUUGAAGCAGGGCCUCAUAUCGCGAAGACCACAAGUUUGUAUUCAAACUCUAACGGUUCUACUUCUGGAAAUGCCCGAACCACUGGUAUCGAAACUAACGGAUCUGCUAUUUGAGCUUAGUAAAAUGGCCAACACAACAACUGUAGCAGUGCCGGUAUUGGAAUUUUUAUCAACACUUAGUCAUCUACCUAGUGACCGCAUUGCCAAUUUCCGCGUUGUCGAAUACAUGUACGUACUGGCGAUGUCGUUUCCAUACACAAAUCCGUAUCGCUACGAUCACUAUACUGUAUCUCUAGCCCAUCACGUUAUCGCAGGUUGGUUUCUAAAAUGCCGGCUUCCAAUGCGUAAGAACUUGGUGUAUUACAUCGUCAAGGGUCUGGAAUCAUACGUCCACACGCCUUUCCAAGAUGGCUCCAAACCACGAACAGAUUUCUCUCAAGUUAACGAAGAUUCCUCGAAUCGAAAGCGCAGUUCAAGUCUUACCGAACAAGGUUCUAAACGGAGAGGGACUACGGCCGGAUCAUCUACAGUCCAACAACAACAAAGUAGUCAACAACGACCCUCGAAACCAAAUUACAACAGCGAUCUGUACAACUUCCACUCGGAGCUAGCUGAAACAUGCAUUGAUUUUAUGGUGAACCACACCUAUUCGCCAUGCACGGGCUUGGCCAAAAGAAGUCCCGCUGCCGAGUUUCUACUGCGCGGGGGACAAUCGAACACCUGGUUGUUGGGUCACAAUCUCAUUACGAUCACCACCAGUGGAUGCUCGGCUGUACCUUUUCGUAAUGGACUGUGUGAUCGGUGCUUUGCAAUGUGCAAGGACAACAGUAGCACCAAGCCCGAGGUAGGCAUAACCAACACUGGCCCGCAAGCAGCUUCGGAAGCUACCGGUGCAUCCGCUUCUGCAACUAGCGUCGUCGGCGAUGCGCAUCAUAUUACGACCAACAAAAGGUAUACCAAAGCAAGUUUGCAACACAGUAGCGCAAACGAAUCGGACAGUACGGAUCUAACUACUAGCUCAACAUCAUCAUCUAACGUUGCUACACCUUUCCCACAACCGGGCUCAGCAAAUAUGACAUCCAGCGGUAAUACAAGAUUCUUCCGGCAAGGAUCACAGGAAGCGUAUAGCUCUGGUUCGCUGGAAGCUCUGUCACGUCGAGGCAGUAAUCCAGAACCCAGCUCAGAUCAAGCACAACCUAUUACGGCUCGGUCGGAAUCAGCACUGAUGACCACCUUGGGUAACAAAAUUAUUCUUCCUCAGCAGCAUCAUGGCUCUGCGACAGGCGGUAAAAGUGGAACAGCUAGUGGAAAUACUGGUUUGGACAAACCAAUUCAAUUGUGCGCGUGCUCAUGUACCGGAUGGGCCGAGGUUUGCAUCAGACGUCCCACGGGUAUGUUAUCCUGGAUGAUGCGUGUGCAAAAUCAGAUCAAUUACGAUUCGAUGGGUGGGGAAUUUCCACUGCAAGAUUUAACAACAUUAUUCGCGCCAACUAUGGGUGGAGGCAUUGUAGGUGCUGAUGUACUCAGUCCUGGCUUAACAAAUGGAAGUAUGGAUGCCCCUGUUGGCAAUGCUUCGACAAGUAGCUUAGCUAUCGAUGAAAUCGAACCUAGCUCAGCGCCAGCCAUCACAAAGGCAAAAGUUUCGAUUUCAGACGAGGUUUUCGAAAUAAAAAAAGAAGGAUUCAACAGCGACACUGGAGAUGAUGACGAAUUAGAGGAUGUACUUGCGCAAGCAUCAACAGGCACAAGUGUCCCAAUAGACAUUCCAAACCAAGGAAAGAAGGAAGUUGAUGACGACGCCAAUCAAGAAACAAAUGCACGAAAGGAAGACGAAUAUUCAGAGGUAGCAUUUGAUGAUCCCGAGGGGAGAUCAAGGAAUCCAGUUCGGCGUGUUAACUCUAGUCCGGAAAUGAGCUCUAAUUGGAAAACCCAGUUUUUGAAUAAAGUUCAUAGGGAAGGUGCACAAGGUCCAGUUGGCGAAGGUCAAGAAGGAUCGACAGAGAAUGAAAGUCAGCAAAAGAAGAAAAACUACGGUAAAGGUGUUAGCUGCGAAGCUAUUCCUGAAGAAAUUGCCGGAUCUACACCUCCCAGUCAACCCAAAGCCACGGUUACUUCGGAAUCUAAAGAAAGUCUGACUGUCCGUGCUUCAAGCAACGUAAAACAUCAAGCAGAUUUCAGUUCAACAAUUGCAACUCUUCAUCCGUCAGCAUCUCUUCCGGAAUCUACUCAUCCGAAUGUGUCCAACUCAACAAUGCCGAAAAAGCAACACUCCGCCGACGAUGCUGUUCCUCCAAGAUCAGAUGCUACAAGUGCAUCAACGGAGACAAUUUCAUCACCUGCAUUAAUGCAACCCAUAAGUCAAACGCUAUCUUCUUCGUCACUUAAUCUAAAACUGCCGAUGGAGAAAGUGACUGCCAAACCACCGCAAUCGCCGGCACCUCUCUCACCGCGUCUCCUUGCUCGUAAUCCCAUUAAUGGUAAAAUGUCAAACUCCGGCACAGCGUCUCCCGCUUUUCCGGCCAUCUCUGCUGGUGGUCACGGUGUUCCUUUGAAUGAAAAUGAUCUUCCAAGGGGUAGAUCUAAAACCAUAUCGGUGGCACGUGAACAUUAUAGUCGGGACAAAUGGAAGGGUACUAGUACAUCCCGAUUCCGCGGCGAACAAAUAAGUGGAGGUGGUGGAGGGAUGGCUUCUCGAUCCGUCAUCAGUCCAAGUUUUGUGUUCUUGCAGAUGUAUCACGGUGGACAGUUUAAUUCAACGGAUAAACCCAUUCUUAUGGAUAAAGAUAUGAGCGAAAGAGCUAUCCAUUUGCUUGAUCUCAUCGCACCAUUUGAGAAGCACAAGAUUGGCGUUUUAUACGUUGGACCAGGUCAGGCUGGAAACGAAACCGAAAUACUAAAAAACAGAUUCGGAAGCUUGCGUUAUGCCAAAUUUUUGAAGAAUCUUGGUACUUUGGUUGCAAUUAAAGAUGCGAAAAGUAACAACUUUUUCAUCGAUUUGGAAUCUAGUGGAAAAGAUGGUAACUUCACCUAUAUUUGGCAAGAUGACAUUGUACAAGUUACGUUCCACGUUGCUACGCUUAUGCCAAAUCACAAACAUGAUCCCAAUGGUAAUGAGAAGAAAAAACACAUUGGGAACGAUUUCGUAACCAUUGUCUAUAAUGAGAGCGGAGAGAAAUACAGCCUGAAAACCAUAAAAGGACAAUUCAACUAUGCUUGUGUAGUUAUCGAGCCGAUAGAGCUUGAAAGUAAUCGAAUAUUUGUGCUGGCCAAGGAUGAAAUUGCUCAGUACGUUUGUGGUAAGCCGAAGAUUGUUUCGGACGCCAGCGCUCCGUUGUUAGCUCGUCAGAUGGCACUACAUGCAAACCUCGCUUCGCUGGUGUCGCAGUCUUUGAAAAUCAAGAACCAAAGUCCGUACGCAUCUAAUUGGCUGGAGCGUUUGCGUAAGAUUAAAAAUAUCCGCUCCAAAGUCAUAAAUCAUGUAGAUGAGCAUGGCACUGGUAGUGGUGGUGGGACUGCACCUGGUGGACGUCCAGCCGGAGGAAGUGUUGGAUCUGCACAGGAUCUGAGCACCUCAUCUACCACCAGAGGAGAUGAUUUCACCGUCUAUACUCAGUAAUGCUUGUUGCAUCUACUUCUGAUGUUCAUAGGUUCCCGUAUUUUCAUUGUUGAAUUUGAAUUGCACAGAAAAUUCUUUGAACAAAACGUGUAUUAACAACUACAACCGUUCAUUUAAGGAUUAAAUAAUCAAUAAGUUCGAAGAACACAUUGAAUAAAGAUUAAAUCUUAGCAGAUUAUCAUUA